AUGGAUCAAAAAGAUACGCCUGAAUUGAAUAAAAAUGUUGAACUAUUUUUAUCAAUAAUAAUAGCAAAAAAAUCAUGGAUAUAUUUAUUACAGUUAUUGAAAUCUGAUAGUGUACAACGUGUUAAUAAUUUAUGGGCAAAUAAUUUACAUACUUUACUUAAAACAAAUGAAACGGUUCAAAUGACAAAAUAUUUACAUUUAUGUCAUCAAAUACAAUUUACACUAUCACCAUUGAUAAAUGAAAAUCAAAUGACAUCAAUUAUAUUUCCAAAAUUACAUCAGCCAUAUGAUGAAUUAAGUAAAAUUGUUGAUAGUUGUACAAAAGAUAAUAUUGAACAACAAUGUUGGACACCAUUAAUUAAUUGGCUUCGUUUAAAAUUAGAUUCAAAUCCACAUUUAUUAGAAAAAAAUGAAAUAAAAACAAUGUUAUUGUUAAAAAUAUACUAUACAUAUUAUUGUAAUAAUGAAUUAUCAAAAUUAAAAACGUUAUUGGUAGCAGUUGAAGGAUUAUUACAAUUGGAUUCUGAUGAAAUACGUGUAUUUCGUGCACUAUUAGAACCGGAACAAUAUAUGAUUGGUUAUCCAAAAGUAAAUAAUAAUGAUGAACCAAAUGCUUUAAAUAAUCUUUUUAAACUUGAUUGCAAAGAUGAUGAUGAAUUAUGUAUACGACAUACAUUGGUCAAUUUAAUGGCUAUGAUUAUACUUGGUGGAAAAAAUAAUUUCUUAUGGACAUUUGCAUUUAGUCCGUUAACAUUACAAAAUACAUUUGGUUUCGGUUCAACAACUCAACAAAUUAUAACAACCAAUGGUGUUCAUUAUGAUUGUGGUUGUGUAAUAUCAAUGAAUGGUGACCUAAUGAGAUAUUCAACAAAAGUAACGGCUACUUCACUCAAUGUUCCUGCCGUUUAUCCUGUUUAUUUUUCAACAUUUGGUGCUAUGGCUUGGCAUGCAUUACUCUUUGCUGAUUGUGUUAAAAAUUUAUUUGGACCAGUAUUAGCAACACACGCCAUCAACGAUAACACUGCUGAUGUUCGUCUAGCUGGUCAAAGCUCAAGAACAAAAGUUUGUCAUUUUGUACGUGCACGAUUACUUUCAACAUUUCUUUUUUUAUCAUUAAACUCUACUCGAGAUGAUGCAUGUAUUUUACUCAAUGGAUGUUUUGAACAAUUUGCAUUAUCAACAAUAAAUCAAGCACAAGCCGAACAUUCGUGGAUAAAGUCACAUUAUAGAACAUUAGAUGAAGAAUUAACAGCAGAAAGUAAUUAUCAAACGAAAAUAUUUUUUAAUGUUCGUACACAAUUACCAAAUCAUAAGGCCUAUAUUAAUAAUUUACUUUUACAAUCACAAAUACAAUCAAAAUUACAAGAUUUUGUAACAAAUACGCCUAUAAUGAUACAAUAUUCACAUUUUAAAACAGAAUUAUAUCAUCCAAGAAAUUCACAUCUAAGAUUAAACAUUUUACGUCAUGCAUUAGAUUCAACAGAUUUUCUUAAAAUGACACGUUUUAUUUAUGAUUUAAGUCAGUUUUAUAUAUUAUUACAUCAGACGUAUACACAAUUGAUUCAAGAAGAACAAUUUUUAACAAUAUCAUUAAAAGAACUCUAUGAAAUUGGUCAAACAUAUUAUAAAUAUCAACAACAAAUACAACAUAAUGAUAUAAAUCACUUAACGAUUAUUAAUAAUGGAAUAAAAGCUGUUAAUGAAUAUCAUGCAUUUGCUAAUGGUUUAAUUAAGCCUGGUGCUUGUGAUGCAACACAAUAUUUUGACCGGAUUACACUUGAUACACCCAUCAGUUAUUUAGUAACUGGUGGAAAUUAUGAUGAAGGCGAUAUUAUCAUGAGAGUACUAAGUUUAAAUGAUUGGGACAUUGAUAUGCAUAAUGUCCUACCCCGUUACAAUUGUGGCAUAUGA